AUGAGAACACUGAGUACCAUACUAGUGUUGUUGGUGAUUUUUGAAGCAGUAGCGCCAGAAACCUACGAAGAUGGGGCAUCCAUUUGUGAUAGGUGCGCGUGCGUGAUCGCCAAUAAGACGGCUAGCGUGCUGAGUUACGAUUUGCUCGACUGCUCGCGAAAAAAUGUUCAGCACAUGAUCGGCAGCUGGCCGGAACGGUUCGACACCACCGACCCGGAGCGGGAGAUUGUCCUGUCGCUGUCCGGCAAUAACAUCACAAAGCUGCAGCAGAUUCCUGCCACCAACACGACGUUGGUGUUUAGCUGUCGCCAGUGCGGCUUGGUAAGUUUGGCCGGUGGUCUGUUUAUAGAUACGGCCAAUAUCUUGCGCGUCGAUCUCAGCUUCAACCAGCUGUCCGGUGAUGCGCUAAGCAGUGAUGUGUUCCGGGGACAGUACAAUACGGCUGACAGCAGCUUACUAUUGUCGUUGGAUGAGCUGGAUCUUGCAUCGAACGUGAUUACGCAAAUCCAGGACAAUGCAUUUGAGCAUAUUGUUAGCUUGCGUCAUCUGUCGCUCGCUCGGAAUCCACUCGGGCAGAUAACGGGCACUACGGCAAGAGCAUUGGCGCAGUUGGUAAAUUUGGAGCGUCUGGAUUUAUCGUACGCCACGCUGACAGAUAUCGACGAUACGGUGUUUGCGGAAAUGCACGCGCUCAGAGAACUCUACAUUCAAGGCAACUUCUUCACAACGAUACCGCAGGCAGUGUAUCAGUUGAUAUCGCUGCACCAUCUGGACCUUGCCGAAAACCCUAUCGAAGUUCUUAACUUUGCUCAACCACUGGAUCAAUUAGUUCAGUUAAACAUCAGCAGCAUGACAGUACUGCAUACCAUUGAAAUUGAGUCAUUUCAAAACGUAAAACUGCUACAAACAUUGACUGGACGUAACAACUCGGCGCUAGAAGUGUUUGACUUGACCGUAUUGCAACACAUUUCUUCCCUGAAAGAGCUGGAUCUAUCACAAUCAAAUCUUAAACACCUGCAUACACCGUUAGAGGACGGUACUACGGAACAGCAGGACAAGAACGCUUUCAAAGGUGCUCUGGAGGUACUGCUGCUGAGCGAAAAUCCAUGGCACUGUGACUGUGCCCUUCAGCGGGUACUGAAUUACGUACAAUUUGCUAACCUACCAGACUACGAUGAGGUAGAUGAAACGCGUUGCGAAACGCCCUACAUACUAACGUCACUACACCUGUCCGAUCUUGCCUACAUCGAGGUGUGUGAUCAGCCAGACCUCGAUGGACCAAACAGUCCGGGUUACGAGAAACCCGCCUUCCUACGACCUGGUGCCAUCUUCCUGUCGCUACUUUCGGUGGCCAUUGUAGUCGGUCUUGGGAUCAUUAUAGGACUAGUAAUUGUGUGUCUAAAGCGAAGGCUCAAGGCGCAAGGGUUGGGAUUUACAUCGCCAGUUCGGUAUACCUCGGUAAGGGAUAGCACAACGUCGGCAGUAUAUCAAACAUAA